CUUAUAAUUUUCUUCACAGCAUAAAAUUUAUUGCACUCUUUUGGACUAUUUGUAUUACUAUUUGACGACAUAACAGAACAUCACUAUUUGCUUUCGAUUCUACUGUUUUACUAUUUUAAUCUACGAGAGUUUUUAUAUGACAGAAGUUGAAACAUUGAGUUUGAGGAACCAACUGGAUUGAUUAAUAGCGGCAAUAUCUUCAAUAGUAAGGAAGACAGUACGAGCAGCUCUCGGAAAAUGCAGCAAUCCACAAGAGAAAACACCCAAUCAACAAUGGAAUGUUUGUUCCCAGGGAACAUACGAAAUGGUUACAUUAUCACCAAGUCUCCAUACUAUCCGGGUAGCUAUAUAACAUUCACGUGUUCCUCGGGAUUUUUCAUGGUAGGUUCACCUUUCAUGAAAUGUUCGGUUAAGUCAACCUGGAUCGGCAGCUUACCACGAUGUGUUUCACUGGAUUUGUCAACCAAAUUUAACCUUAAUUCAUCUGAUAUCACUCUAGUUCCACGUUGGCUUCUAAUCGCCCUGUUUACAAUACUAGGAUUCUUUCUUAUGAUUUUGAUGAUUUUAUUAUUCUACUACUACUGUUGCCGUAAAACAAGCAGCACAUUUGUCCCACGUCGGUUUAAAUUGAAUGAGGAAAGAAUUAAACACCAUUUACGCCAAGAUGCAUCAAAGAAAGAGACAAAAAGUAGUAAAUGUAAUAUUCCUGACCCAAAGAACGGUAGCAAUUCUUUAUCGAACAACAAAAGUAACAACAAAGAAUGCAGGCGACAGUACUGCGCUAAGUCUUUAUCAAACAGCAUCAAUUCUUCCACAGUUAGUUUAGAAUCGACUCCAAUCAUCACGAAGCAAAUGGUUGAAAGAGGAACCAUGGCUUGUAUGCCACACUUAUACACUAUUUCUAUGGAGAAAUCUCAAGCGAGACGAAAGGACCAUAUCAUAUUAAAGGACCACAAUGGGCAUUGCGUUGGUUAUGCUAUACCUCUAGACACAAGGAAAUGGGUUGCUGAGUCACGUGACGAGCAUGAAAGGAACAGCAGUAUGUCUUCAAUCAUAUCAUAUGACCAAAAUAACAUUGAUAAACAUGAACAACAGAUUGUGAAAACCAGCCAUAUUACCAACUCAACACCAUCGUAUACGGACCAUGGCCCUCAUAGGUUGAAACCGACGGUGCUCUAUAUUCACAGCGAUAUUCAUCAAAAAAAUAUCAGAAAUUCUAGAUUGAACCCUAACACAAGACACCGUAAAGGUGUAACUAAAGAGUAUACUUUUAACCAAGGAUGGGGUAUGUUACCUCAGGCCAAGAAACUGACUGGAUGGAUUCCUCACUCACGUCCUAUGCGUAAUAACAAUACAAGCACUCAGUAGACAUGGUUAUUUAUAACUAUAAUGCCUCAUUGCUUGCAUUCAAAUUGAUUUACCUACCUACGUACCUACCUGCUUACCUAUCU